CAUCCAUCCCCAUCACCGCCGCCGCAAUCCUCCCUCCUCACCUUCAUCCAGAUCCACUGAGCGAUCGAGAGAAGGAUCUCGCCGGAUCAGCAGAUCAAGAAGUCCGCUCGGCCGGAUCUCAUCUCAGCCACAGUCACCAUGGUCGUCGCGCUCGGUCCCGGCAGGUUCUACGGCAGCGGUCUGCCCCGCCCACGCGUCUUCCCCGGCGACCGCGUCGACCCGCCGGCCCCCGUCACCGACGCGCUCCUCUGCUGGGCGCGCGACGCGCACUGGUCCAUGGGCGGCCUCGGCGCCAAGCGCCUCCGCCUGCAGGGCCGCAUCGAGGGCAACCUCGUCAAGCUCCGCCGCAUCGCGCGCCGCGACGCCAGGACCUCCGCCAAGUCCUCCAAGUCGUCCAAGAAGUUCCGCGCCGCGGGGCACGGGCCUGCCCCGGCCACGCUCGAUGACGCGCUCGGCUCCGACGACGACGACGACUCGGAGGAUGAGACGGAGGUCGCGGCCCAGGAGAAGGCGCUGCGGCGCGAGGUCGUGGAUGAUGAUGAGGACUCUGAGUCCGGCGAGUCGGAGGGGGAGGAGGUGCCGCUCGUUACCAUCGCUGCCGCCGCCAAGAGGAAGCGUGCCAGGAAGCUCUCUGACGAGUUCGACCGCAUCGCCGCCGCGCAGGAGGACGGCGGGAAGAAGAAGCCCUCUGCCGUGGCUCUGGCCAAGGCGCCGCUGAGGAAGAAGGCUUCUGCUUCUGCUGCUGCGGCCCCUGCUUCGGCAUCUGAGGUACAGGUGAGGAGGAAGGCGGUGGCGCCUCCGGCUGGGGCGGCGGCGAGGACGUCGCCGAAGAGGAAGGCUGCUGAGCCGCCGGCGGCAAGGAGGACCUCCCCAAGGUCGAAGCACUGAUGAAUUCAGAUCGGUGGCUCUAGCGAUUGUGGUGUGAUCUUGGAAAUGCAGUAUGCUGUGUGUUCGUUGAAAUGCUUGAAUGCAAUCUAGUGUCAUGCUUCUUUCUGUAUAUGAAUCAAAUCCCUCAAAUGUCUCUGGUAAACUCCGAAUUAUCUUGAAAUAAUUGUUCCUGCUCUGA